GGGCCCCGAGCCGAGUGCCAUGGCGUCCAACACGGAGCGGGGGGAGAUCCUGCUCACCGAACUGCAGGGGGAUGCUCGAAGCCUUCUACUUCCUGAGAAUGUGAGCACUGGCCAAAAAUUAGACUUUUCAGACACAAUGGUGCAACAGAAAUUGGAUGAUAUCAAGGAUCGUAUCAAACGAGAAAUAAGGAAAGAACUGAAAAUAAAGGAAGGAGCUGAAAAUCUCAGGAAGGUCACAACAGACAAAAAAAAUUUGGCAUAUGUGGACAACAUUUUGAAAAAAUCAAAUAAAAAAUUAGAAGAGUUGCAUCAUAAACUACAAGAAUUAAAUGCCCAUAUUGUUGUAACAGAUCCAGAAGAUCUUACAGAUUGCCCAAGGACCCCAGAUACUCCAAAUAGCGAUCCUCGUAGUUCUACUAGCAAUAAUAAAUUGAUGGCCUUAAAAAAACAGUUGGACAUAGAACUAAAGGUAAAGCAGGGAGCCGAGAAUAUGAUACAGAUGUACUCAAAUGGCUCUUCAAAGGAUCGAAAACUCCUUGCCACAGCUCAACAGCUGCUUCAGGACAGCAAGACAAAAAUAGAAGUCAUAAGGAUGCAGAUUCUUCAGGCAGUCCAGACCAAUGAACUGGCUUUUGAUAAUGCAAAACCUGUGAUAAGUCCUCUUGAACUUCGGAUGGAAGAAUUACGGCAUCACUUUAGGAUAGAGUUUGCAGUAGCAGAAGGUGCAAAGAAUGUGAUGAAAUUACUUGGAUCGGGAAAAGUAACAGACAGAAAAGCACUUUCAGAAGCCCAAGCGAGAUUUAAUGAAUCCAGUCAAAAGUUGGAUCUUUUAAAGUACUCAUUAGAACAAAGAUUGAAUGAACUUCCAAAAAAUCAUCCCAAAAGCAGUAUUAUUAUUGAGGAGCUAUCUCUUGUUGCAUCACCAACACUAAGUCCACGGCAGAGUGUAAUAUCUACACAAAACCAAUAUAGUACACUAUCCAAACCAGCAGCACUAACAGGUACUUUGGAAGUUCGGCUCAUGGGCUGCCAAGAUAUACUAGAGAAUGUCCCUGGACGUUCAAAAGCAACAUCGGUUACACUACCUGGCUGGAGUCCAAGUGAAACAAGAUCAUCCUUCAUGAGCAGAACAAGCAAAAGUAAAAGUGGGAGUAGUCGAAACCUGCUAAAAACAGAUGACUUGUCCAAUGACAUCUGUGCAGUUUUGAAGCUGGACAAUACCGUGGUUGGUCAAACUAGCUGGAAACCCAUUUCUAAUCAAUCUUGGGACCAGAAGUUUACACUGGAACUAGAUAGGUCACGUGAACUGGAAAUUUCAGUUUAUUGGCGUGAUUGGCGAUCUCUCUGUGCAGUAAAAUUUCUAAGGUUAGAAGAUUUUUUAGACAACCAGCGACAUGGCAUGUGUCUCUAUCUGGAACCACAGGGUACUUUAUUUGCAGAGGUUACCUUUUUUAAUCCGGUUAUUGAAAGAAGACCAAAGCUUCAAAGACAAAAGAAAAUUUUUUCAAAACAACAAGGCAAAACAUUUCUCAGAGCUCCUCAAAUGAAUAUUAAUAUUGCCACUUGGGGAAGGUUAGUGAGAAGAGCAAUUCCUACGGUAAAUCAUUCUGGCACCUUUAGCCCUCAGGCUCCUGGGCCUGCAACAGUGCCUGUGGUUGAUGGGCGAAUUCCGGAACUAACACCACCAGCGAGUGACCCUACAGUAACCAAAUUGGACUUUGAACUUGAACCAGAAGCACCUCCAGCCCCACCACGUGCAUCUUCCUUUGGAGAAAUACAUGAACUUUCAGAAUUAAGAGUUUUGGAUGUACCAAGACAGGAUUCAGAAACAGUUUUUAAUUUUGAAAAUGACAGAAAUAGUAUUGCUUCAAAAAAACAAACUGAGUAUGAGCCUCCUAUCCUUCAGUCAGGCCUAGAGUACGGAAGUAUUCAAGAACCUGAGGAGAGAAGAUCUCCACAGAGAUUUCAGUUUAGUCUUCAAGACUUUAGGUGUUGUGCCGUAUUGGGUAGAGGGCAUUUUGGAAAGGUGCUUUUGGCUGAAUACAAAAAUACAAAUGAGAUGUUUGCCAUAAAAGCUUUAAAGAAAGGAGAUAUCGUUGCUCGAGAUGAAGUGGACAGCCUCAUGUGUGAAAAACGAAUUUUUGAAACUGUGAAUAGUGUAAGGCAUCCCUUUUUGGUGAACCUUUUUGCUUGUUUCCAAACCAAAGAGCAUGUUUGCUUUGUAAUGGAAUAUGCUGCCGGUGGGGACCUAAUGAUGCACAUUCAUACUGAUGUCUUUUCUGAACCAAGAGCUGUAUUUUAUGCUGCAUGUGUAGUUCUUGGAUUGCAAUAUUUACAUGAGCACAAAAUUGUUUAUAGAGAUUUGAAGUUAGAUAACUUGUUGCUAGAUACAGAGGGCUUUGUGAAAAUUGCUGAUUUUGGUCUUUGCAAAGAAGGAAUGGGCUUUGGAGACAGAACAAGCACAUUUUGUGGCACUCCAGAAUUUCUAGCUCCAGAAGUCUUGACUGAAACAUCUUACACAAGAGCUGUGGACUGGUGGGGGCUUGGUGUGCUUGUAUACGAGAUGCUGGUUGGAGAGUCUCCCUUUCCUGGGGAUGAUGAAGAAGAGGUUUUCGACAGUAUUGUGAAUGAUGAAGUAAGGUACCCGAGAUUCUUGUCUACAGAAGCCAUCUCCAUAAUGAGGAGGCUGCUGAGAAGAAAUCCAGAACGGCGCCUGGGAGCUGGUGAGAAAGAUGCAGAGGAUGUCAAAAAACACCCAUUUUUCCGGCUAAUUGAUUGGAAUGCUUUGCUGGCCAAGAAAGUAAAGCCACCAUUUGUUCCGACCAUCAGAGGACGCGAGGAUGUGAGUAAUUUUGAUGAUGAAUUUACCUCAGAAGCACCUAUUCUGACCCCACCUCGGGAACCAAGGAUACUUUCAGAAGAGGAGCAAGAAAUGUUUCGAGAUUUCGACUACAUUGCUGAUUGGUGUUAAGUUCCAAGACACUGUGAAACUAGCAGAAUGACUCUGGAGACGACAGACCUCUUUAGCCGAAUAGCAGCCCUCCACUUGCUCUCUGUGCCACCAGUAGCUUCUGAUUUUCUGAAAUCACAUGAAGAUUUGUUUUAAAAUACUAGUCUAAUAUCUUUCUUGAAGAGUGGCCUCUUGCAAUGUAUUUCCAUUUUUAAUCUGUGCACUGGAAACAGUUUUGGUGGGGUUUAAGCUGAAUACAGGCCACAUAAACAUCCUUCACAGGUGGACACCCUUGGAUCCAUGUUGUCUUUUUUUUCCUUCCUCUUCUACAGUGGAUACCUUUGUCAUAUGCUUGCCUUAAGUGGAAGGAAGACCAGUUUGGGAUCUAGGACAGAUAACCAGUUUACUUCGUUCCACUGUGUUUUCAGAAUAAAGCUUGGGAUGCUAGUGAUACUCAACCUUAACAAGAUUCUAUCUGAAUAAGGCAAAUGCUGUUAUAUUUUAAAGGAAUUACUGUAAGAUUAUCCAGAAGUGUCAUUUGCAGCUUGUACACAUUGUGGGUGCUGAGUUCGAAAAUAACGGAAUGAAUUGAUGCCUUCUUUUGUAAAUUUUCUAUAUUUAUUAGGAGAAAAUGUUUUUAAUGCCUUAUCUUUACCAACCGUAUAAGUGCUUCCAUAAUCAUAUGGACAAGUUGCCAAACAGCUUCUUGUUUGUUAAGCAUUGCUGAAACAAACAGAACACCAGCAUUUAUUAAGAAAGUAAAGAAAGGAGUGCUUCUGGUCAGUCUGGAUUGAGAUACUGUGUUUACUGCACGCAUUCCCAAAGCCUAGAUCCUCAUGGAUUUUCAGUCACGACUUCCCAAAGUCAGUGAACAGACGACCUUUUUAAAAAAGACCCACCCUCGAUUUAGCAUCCUAGUUCUCUUGUAUCUGCUGUAUUAAUGUAUCACUUUUACACCCCGGGGACUGUCAGUGUAUACAUGCCGUGAACAUGUAUAUGUGCAAGUUGUAAUCUAUUCAGCGUUCUAGGCUUGUUAUUUAAUUGUACCACUUUGUUACUUUGGCACAGUGGCCACGCAGACGCCGACUCCAGCAUUUACGUGAAGUACAUUUGUAUACAUUGUAGGCCACUGAAUCCAGAUUUUAUAUUGGCAGUUACUGAGGAUAAAAAGCAAUAUGUAACAGAAUGUAUAAAUAUUUUUGAUAAAA